GCUUCCUGAAUGUGGCAUUUUUAUCAGUGUCUGAAUGGAAUACCAACAGUACGGUUACAGUUGGAAAAGAAUGACUUUUACAUCAGAUUUAACCUGCACUGACAGUUUAUCCGCUGUUUAGUCCAGCAUCCACCACAGAUCUUGGAACAGAUAAUUGCACAUACAGGCCUCUGCCCUUUAGGUGGUCCCCCUUUGGUGCGGAAGUACUGAUCUUACAUUAAGCACCGACCACUGGGUCUGCUGGGUCCUGCACUUUUCCUUAAGAGACGUGAGCCGAGUCAUGUGACUCGGGAGGCCAAUCAGACGUCAUGCCAAGGGCUUAGUUCAAAGGCUCAUCAGCUGGCGAAGGGAUUUCACCCAAAUGGGAUAACGCUGAUUAGCAUGGGUUUAGGAUGACGUACUGCAACCUGGAGUUUAAUCAUUUGGAUCUACCAUCAUCCUCCUCCCAAUGCGGGAAAAGGCUGGUGUUCACAUUUCUGUAGUAUGGGUGCACUAAGGAGGUACUCAAGAUAACCAACAGGCUUGCUCUUCCCUGGGAUGGAUCAGGAAUUGCCUGUUGAACUGGCACAACUGCACAGUGGGUUGAGGCUGUGCUUUUUCUGACCUUCAGAGGAGCAGAGGGACUGCUUGCUUGUUUUGCACCUUAGAACUGAGGCAAAACCCAAACUUCAGCACUCACUUUUGAGGAGUGCAAUAUUUAAAAAAAAAAAAAAGUUGAUUUUUUUUUAAGUAACAGCAACAAUGGCACUGUUUAAGGUGAAGUUUGACCUGCAAAAGCGUGUGAAAUUGGCCCAGAUGCUAUGGCUCAUGUACUGGUUUGCAGUGACGGCUGGUGCGCUGGUUUUCGCCAUGGGCCUGUUCUUCAAGAUCGAGCUUCGGAAGAACAGCGAGCUGAUGGACAACAACGAAAGCCACUUUGUGCCGAACCUGCUCAUUUGCGUCGGGCUACUGGCCUGUGGCAUCAACGCUUUUGGCGGGAAGAUGUGCUACGACUCGCUGGACUCCACCAAGUUCGCCAAGUGGAAGUCCGUCAUGAAACCCUUCCUCAUCUCGUGCGUCCUCUUUAACGUUCUCCUUUUUCUGACCGCCCUGUUUUGCUUCAUGAUGCGGAUCCCCCUGGCGUUCACGCUGGCCGAGGGGCUGAAGAACGGCAUGAAGUUCUACAAGGACACCGACACACCCGGGCGCUGCUACAUGAAGAGGACUCUCGACCAGAUGCAGAUGGAAUUCAAGUGCUGCGGGAACAACAACUACAAGGACUGGUUCGAGAUCCAGUGGGUUAGCAACCGUUACCUGGACUUCAGCGCCAAGGAGGUCAAAGAUCGAAUCGGCAGCAACGUUGACGGGCGGUACCUGAUGGACGCGGUGCCCUUCAGCUGCUGCAACCCCAGCUCCCCCCGCCCCUGCAUCCAGAUCCAACUGACCAACAACACGGCCCACUACAGCUACGACCACUACACCGAGGAGCUGAACAUCUGGAAGCGCGGCUGUCGCGAGGCUCUCGUCUCCUACUACGGCGGCAUGCUGAACUCCAUCGGGAUACUGGUGCUCCUGGUCACCGUCCUAGAGGUGGUAGUAAUGGUGGGCCUGCAGUACGUCAACACAGCCAUGUCCACCCUGGUCAACCCCGAGGACCCGGAGAGCGAGAGUGAGGGCUGGAUCCUGGAGAAGACGGUAAAGGAGACCUUCACUGACAUCAUGGCCAAGAUGAAGGCCAUGAGCAAGGGUGGACAGGUGGAAGAAGGGGAGGGGGAACAGGCUGUCGCCACGGUGAGCUGAGCUAGUCCCACCCACCUCGAACUGAGACCAGUCCCCAUUUUAAGGCGGGGAAUGUGAGAUAUUUAUUGCCUCUCUGAUGCAAGCACGCACCCUCAAAACAUACUGCAACACACUGACACACUGCAAAAGCCACGUAUUAAGGCCAACACCAUACUAAGGGUUGUCAGGGUAGGGAAGACGAGCCAUGUACGAAAAUAUAAUAAUAGAAUAGAAUAGAACAAAAUCUCAUCCAUUAAAUCUCGGCACAUCUCCUGGAGUUUCUAUGUAAAUGUGUCUUUUGAUGAUCCCAGACACAUAAAACCCAGAUGGUCCCAAACACACACUUCCGACCCGGCAUAGAAGAUCCUAAACACACACUUCCGACCCUGCAUAGAAGUUUUAGAGAGGUGUUUAAACAGAUUAUAUUACACGAUCCACAACAGAUUCAUUUUCUAGAGACUUAACCAGGCAUGACAAAUUCAAAAAAUUGAAGUCACAUCACUUUGCAUUUGUAUUUUUGCUUGUAUUUUUUUCAUGCUGUAAUGUACAGUAUUUUUUUUUCUUGUGUUAAACAUUAACCUUUUUUUAUUUGCUUGACCUUUGACUUGAUAUUUGACCCUCAAACCAUACGCUGUCUUGAGUUUAACAUCCUGAGACCCAGAACCCAAUUACCCAAACACACCAGACUGGUACUACGCAGCUUUCAAUACAAUUCAGACCUCAUACCUUUUUUUUGCUAUAAUGAAUUUACAUGUUAGCUAUGUUUUCACAGUAAGACCUGCUAAUCAUUUGGGGGGUAAAAUUUCAUCCAAGACUCAUUCAUUCUCAGCUAUGUGUGGGGGUUUAAGUAUCAUUCUUUUGUGAAAUUUGGCACAUUUGUUGAAUAAUCUGUAAUACCUAUUUUAUUACAAGUGUAAAAUCUCUUACCGAACUGGGCGUAGCUGACUGAUAACUAAACCUUUUUCGAUACGUUAGGAGGUGUGAAACGUGUACUGAUAUACAGAGGCAGGAUGCAGAUGUGUAGGGUUUUUUUCUUCUUCAUGGGCAUGGCCGGGUUUCACUCCACUUGCAAUGGAGAAGUUUAAGUGAACCCAUGUAUUUAUCCACCAUCUUGGAUUGGGCUGUUAGAGAUGGGAGUUGGGUUCUGUUAGAGAAAAGUUUUAUUUUUUUUAUUUUA